CUGCCGUGCCACUGCCAUCCUCGAGCACAAGGGACCGACCAGACCCGAUCCACAGCUCAUCACACACACACACAGUGGCGAGCUCGUCAAUUGCAGGCAAGACAGCAAGCGCAUUUACACAGCACGCUGAAAGCCGGGACGCAGAGCAGCUUUUGCGCCUUGUCCCCUCCUGCUCGUCGCUUCCCUCACUCUCACAGCCACGCCACGCCACGAGAGAAGAAUGCCGCCGACGCUGGGCCUGCUCCUCGCGGCGGCGGCGGCGGUCCUGCUGCUGCUGCUGCCGCCGCCACCAUCGGCGGGGGCGCAGGAGACGUGCUGGUCGGGGCCGGCGCCGCGGCGCGGGGCGUGGAUGUCCGUGGCCAGCUUCGGGGCGCGCGGGGACGGGCAGACGCUCAACACGGGCGCGUUCGCGCGCGCCGUGGCGCGCAUCGCGCGUCGCCGGGGCGCGCGGGGCGGCACGCUGCUGUACGUGCCGCCCGGGGUGUGGCUCACGGGCCCCUUCAACCUCACCUCCCACAUGACGCUCUUCCUCGCCCGCGGCGCCAUCGUCCGCGCCACCCAGGACACGUCGAGCUGGCCGCUCAUCGACCCGCUGCCGUCGUACGGGAGAGGGCGCGAGCUGCCUGGCGGGAGAUACAUGAGCUUGAUCCACGGCCACGGUCUGCAGGACGUCUUCAUCACAGGUGAGAACGGCACCAUCGACGGCCAAGGCGGCGUGUGGUGGGACAUGUGGAAGAAGCGCACGCUGCCCUUCACGAGGCCGCACCUGCUGGAGCUCAUGUACUCCACCGACGUCGUCGUCUCCAACCUCGUCUUCCAGGACUCGCCGUUCUGGAACAUCCACCCGGUUUACUGCAGCAACGUAGUGAUAGCAAACCUGACUGUGUUGGCGCCGCACGACUCCCCCAACACCGACGGGAUCGAUCUAGAUUCAAGCAGCAACGUGUGCGUCGAGGACUGCUACAUCUCCGCCGGCGACGACCUGAUCUCCAUCAAGAGCGGGUGGGACGAGUACGGCGUGGCCUUCGGCCGCCCAAGCUCCGGCAUCACGGUCCGGAGGAUAACCGGGUCGGGCCCGUUCGCCGGCUUCGCGGUCGGGAGCGAGACCUCGGGCGGCGUGGAGGACGUCGUGGCCGAGCACCUGAGCUUCUCCGGCGUGGGCGUCGGGGUUCACGUGAAGACAAACUCGGGCAGGGGCGGCUUCAUCCGGAACGUCACCGUCUCCCAGGUGACCCUGGACGGCGCCCGCUACGGCCUGAGGAUCGCCGGCGACGUUGGGGGCCACCCCGGCGCGUCCUACAACGCGAGCCUGCUCCCCGUCAUCGACGGCGUGGCGGUCAGGAACGUCUGGGGCCGGAACGUCCGGCAGGCCGGGCUCAUACGGGGCAUCAGGGACUCGGUCUUCAGUAACAUUUGCCUCUCCAACGUGAAGCUCUAUGGCAUUGGCAGCGACUCCAUCGGGCCGUGGAGAUGCCGAGCCGUCAGUGGCAGCGCACUCGACGUGCAACCGUCGCCAUGUGCGGAGCUGGCUAGUACGUCCGGGACAGGUUUCUGUACCUGAAUCAGUUUUUCCGCCUCCUAUAGCAGCAAUAAAGACGUCAGCAUUUCUCCA